CGCUUUUUAGGGAUACAAGGAUUCACAAGAAAAAUAAAAUUGAGGAAGAAUCGAAAUUCGAUUGUGAAAGCUCAUCAAGCUCUAGUGAAUCCGAAGAUUCACCUAUUUCAAAAUCAAACAUUCAAAAUUUUACUGACAUAACUGACUUUAUCGAAAGUAUGGAGAAAAGAUUAAUGGGAUACAUAGAUGGAAAAUUUUUAAAUCUGUUACGUCGAAUCCAGUAUGAUAUUAGUUAACGAACCCAAGAAAUUUUGAAAACGGUGAAUCAGGUUGGAGUUGGAUCCCAAAUUAAAUCUUUUUUAGAAAACCCUUCAAUGGAUGAGCUUCCAAUUGAAUCAUUGGAAGAUUUUCUAAAGUUUGACGAAAAAUUAAAGAAUAGCACAGAUUUGCAAGAUAGUUUGAAAACUCAAAUUUUGCGAGAGAUAGCUGGUGCAACAAAUUUACGCGAUGCUGUAAAAUCCAUCAUGCCCAAAAUUAUAAAAAAAGAUGUGCAGCAAAAGUAUUCCGGAAAAGGAAAAACGAUAAAGGGGAAGGGGAAAUUGAAUUUUUCCAAAACAAAUACGUUUUCCUGUAUUAAAGCUGCAACACUUUUUAAACUCGAGGAAACGAAGGAGAACGAUUUGAGCAGUGCCAUAGGAAUAUGGUUGUCCCAAGCUGGAGACAGGGAAGGAGGAAGAAAAGAGAGAGUGUCAACAAGUAAAGAAUUGCCGACAGAGAAUACAAAUAUCGAAGAAAAUCAAACUGAAGAUGGAGAAAUUACAGUUGAGAUGAAUGUGGAUGAAAAUGUCUGA